AUGGGCUCUUAUGACCCUCCGAUCGACACAACAUCUAUGUUGAACAAGUGCAGAGAGAUCAACGACGGUAUCGCGGAUCUUCGCGCCAAGCGGGAGGGCCAGCUCGCCGCCGCUCAGAAUGCUUUGCUGGACUCGAGCACCGGAAAGGAAGAUCAGGUUUCCCGCCAGACCCUGGAUUACAUCGAGGACGAAAUCAACAACGGCUUCCGUUACCUCCGUGACCUUCUGAAGAAGGUCAAGCAGACCCCGGGCUCCGGAGACAACCGCGUACAGACCCAGAUCGACGUCACUAGCCGGAACCUUCGUCGAGAGAUCGAACAGUACCAGAGGUGCCAGUCCGAUUUCCAGAAGCGCCUGCGGGAACAGGUCCGCAGACGUUAUGAGAUCGCCAACCCCGAAGCCUCCCCCGAGGAAAUCGAGCAGGGUGUUGACAAUGUCCUGAUGGGUCAGGAGCAGAGCUUCCAGGUCACUGGUAGCCGGACAAGGCAGGCCAACGACGCGAGACAGGCCGCUUUGGAGCGAUCGGCCGCAAUCCGCAAGAUCGAGCAGGAUAUGAUGGAGCUUGGCCGACUAUACCAGGAGGUGGCGGAGCUUGUCCACCAGCAGGAGCCUGCUGUGGAGCAGAUCAGCCAGGACGCCGACAAUGUCGCCCAGAAUGUUUCGCACGCGAACAACCAGAUCACGGAAGCUAUCGCCAGCGCUCGUCGGGCAAGGAAGUGGAAGUGGUAUGCUCUGCUUGUCGUCAUUAUCAUCAUUGCUAUCAUCGUCGGUGUUGCUGUCGGUGUCACCGAAGCGAACAAGUCCAAAUAA